GCUGGGAGUUGAAGUGCGCGUUGCGUCAGCCGGCAUGUACCGCAGUCAAUGGCUGUGUCCCAGGUUACUGUCGGAGAGGUGGAGAAGAAACUGCACGACUCCCUUACACCCCUGGGUUUUGAGGUUUAUCUUUUUAAGAUCGGCUGGUACAAUGCGCUGCUCUCAGCAUCCCUGCACCUUCCCUACCCUGACGACACACUUGCGGUGGUGGUGUUGAGCACCCCGGACAUGUUUGAGCAAGUGUUCAAGCCGUUCCUUAAAAGGGACGCCUGCAAGGGCGUGCGUGACCCCAUCGACCAGUGUGUGGCCCACUGCAUCUCAAGCUGCGUGUCACAGUGUUUCGCAGACCUACCUGUUGACAUCUGUUAUGACUAUGAGAUGCUCCCAAGUCGGAAGCCUCGAUUCUUGGCGCAGACCGCCGCCCACGUAGCUGGGGCAGCUUACUACUACCAGCGGAGUGAUGUCACCGACGACCCAUGGGGGGACAGGAAGAUGUUUGGGGUCUGUAUUCACCCCAGACUAGGCGGCUGGUUCGCCAUUAGAGCUUUGCUUGUGUUCCCGGGCUUGGAGGUAGGAGUGGAGCUACAGCAGAGACCGCCCCCAGACUGUGUUCCCUCCCAGAAAUCCAGAGUGGAACUGCUGGAGAGAUUCAACUUCCACUGGCGAGACUGGAGCUACCGGAACAUCAUCCCGACAAGCCAGUGCUACUCGGAGGAGCAGCAGAUGUACUUUUCUACCCCUCCAGGCCAGCGUGAGGCGCUGCUCAGAAAGUGGGGAUUUCUGGAGAGCCAGGAUACUGGGCUCUAGGCUCUAGAUCACAGCCCAGAAGGAGAUGGCACAGGCUGAUUCAUUGCUGUUUUCCUCUUACACGCAAUCCAUUCAACACUUUUUUUUUGUGGAUAUGUAUUUAUUUAUAAUUUAUUUGAGUUGUUUUUGAAAAUGAAACUUAAAAUGAACUUCCAAACAACAAGGUACCGCUUCUCCUUAAGCAGGACGAUUAAGUAAGGCGUUUGACGAGAUUAGAGUGCAUUGAAAGGGAAGGAGAGGGCAGCCUUUAACUGCAUUUAACUUUUUAAAGUGCAUUUCCCUAUGAGCAAAGGAUAAAGCACUUACCCAAAGUACUGAUUUGAUUUUUUUGCAAUCUGAUCACUCUCAUUGCGAUAGUGGGAAAGUGGACGUUGCUGACGAGUCGCGUGUGUGGGGGCGAACGCUUUUAAAAUGGGCCUUGAGAAGACUGUCAGGGUUAAUGUUUGCUUUAAUUUAUUCCCCUUGCUAGAAGCAUAGACCUCACCUCCAUCUGUGCUAUCAUUAGCUACUCCAUGUUUACAUGGGAUCUGUCCUGUGUCUGCUGUUUGUUUUUGCGAACUUUGAAAGCCACGCGUUGCAUAUAUACUGUAGGAAUCCGUUCAGGUGGACACUGCAAUUUGUGUGACUGACAUGAAAGUGUAAAACUAAAGUUCUCUCUUUGUGUAAAAACUUUAAACCAGAACGGAGUACAUUA